ACUGACCUGUGUCCAUGUGGCAGCUACUGCAGAUCUCAUGCAGCUGAUUAUGCAGUGGAUAGAUUCAAAUAAUCUGGAGGAGUCCAGUGCUUGUAAAUGGUAUGAGCCAUCUAGAGUUUCAAAGCCAAAGAGGGUACAAAUACGAUUGCAAGUGCAGAAGUUUGACUUACUUUUGUGGAAUGCUUUAAGUAUUGCUGAAGUAUGUAGUAAGGUUCCAGAAAGGCAUUGUACCACUGAAGGAGACUGUAUUGUGAUUGAAGCACUGGAAGGAGAUAUAAAUAAAAUUGUGGAAGAAAUCAAACAGAUCCUUGAAAGGAUAAAGAAAGAUAGAGUAACCUUUCCGUUGCAGGAAGAUUUGGCUGAUAUUCUUAAGAACAAGGAAACUGAAGAAUAUGUUACAAAACAGCUACAUCAGAAAAAUCAAAGAUGUUUGUGGAAAAUUGGAGCUAAAUGUGAUACUGUUGAUGUAUAUGCAAUAAAAAGGAAAGAAGCAUUGAAUGCUGGGAAGACCAUUCUUGAAAGUGUAUCUUUGGUGUCUUUAAGGCAAGAAUUCCAACAUGUAGAACAACUGUUAAAUGAAGAGGACUGCAGAAAAGUUCUAGAAAAGUAUCGUGGGAAAGCUAAAAUUCUUUCCUUACGUAGUGAAGAAGUACCUUUAGUGGCGACAAAGGAUGCCUUGGAGGAAAUUCUUCAGGUGAUGAGUGUCUGCACAAAAGAACUUAGCACUGUAAAGUCAGUGCCACUUGAAAUGCCGGAAGGAAUAUGUAAGUUUGUUUUGGAGAGAAAACCAAAGUUUUUGAAGCACCUUCAAGAGAAGUAUGGUGUGUGUUUAGAACUCACUAAAAACAAAAGGCAGCUUGUGAUGAUUGGACCAAAGAAAAAUAUUCCCAUUGCAAAAUCUGCUUUAGACAAAGAAGUUGGUGAAAUUGAAAGCAGAAGUGAAAGAAUGAAGUUGCUUCCGCAAGUUCUAGCAGCUGAAAAUGAAAAAACGGAAUUUGAGGCUGGUAACAAUUGUUAUUUAUCAGUUGAAAAAGAAGCAAUCAUCAGGGAACCUUGGCCGUCACAUACUUGGGUGCUGAAGAAUUCUCUGUAUCUGAUGUUGGUCCCAGGAGACAUAUCAGAAACAAAUGUUUAUGCUGUGAUGUGUCCAGUAGAUGCUAAUAUGAAGCCCAUAGGAGCCGGAGAAAACAUAUUGACAUGUGGAGGAAAAUCUUUGGAGCAGGAUUUACAGCAAAGCCGUGGUCAAUCUGCUAGUAAAACCAAAUCAGAUUCUUGGACAUGUAUGAGUGGUGAAACUGGUAGUCUUCAUUGUCAAAGUAUCAUCUACACCGAGUUCCCUUCACAGGAUGUAAAAGGAAGCAGGAUGUCCUUGUCUAAGUCUGUUGUUAUCUCCAGAAUAAAGAAAACAUUGGAAGUUGCAGACUCAAAAGGAGUCUUCAGCUUAGCUAUUCCUUUGUUGUUUUCUGAUGUCAUUAUGGUAUCAACAUGCAUGCAGGCUACAGCUGAGUGUUUGAUUGACACUGUUGGAAUGUUUUCUCAUUUGAAAGAAAUAUACCUGUACUGUGAUGAAAAGGAAUUAGAAAAUGCCAGGAGUAUUUUCACACAAGCUCUACUUCAAUAUCCACACUACAGUGUUGAUUUCUCUCCACUAAGAAAGGGAGGAAAUGAGAGAAAAUCAUCAAUUCAGCUGGAAAUAGUGGAAGGGUCAUUGACAGACCAAAAGGUAACUGAACACAUUGUACAUCUAAACAGGGCAAAAGCUAAGGAUGGGUCUGCUAACUCUGUGGAGUCUGGCAGUGCCUUCUCUGCAUGGUACUGUCCUGGGGUACCUGCCUUGGUGGGUUCCUCAGAUGGACAGGGGUUGUUCAAACUUUCCAGGAUCCUCCUGGCUGUUUGA